AUGAAUCGGACGUCAACGAUUUCGGACAAGACUGUCAAGAUUUGGGAUGCAAAGAGUGGCAAGAGCACUCUGACGCUCUCUGGCGCCAUGCAGGGCAUCAUGUGCGUUUCCUUCAACACCAAGGAUGACUUGAUUGUGGCAGGGUCCAACGACAACGCCACGCGUGUCUGGAGCUCUCAAACAGGCCGACUUCGGCACACACUCACUGGACACUUGUCCAAAAUCUUUGCUACCCGAUUCGUUGGUGACUCGAGCAAAGUUAUUAGCGGCAGUCAUGACCGAACCAUCAAAAUUUGGGAUUUGGCGAAAGGCUAUUGCAUCAAAACCAUCUUUUCCUUCUCGAGCUGCAACGACGUCAUUCUGGGUGAUGACAGCGGCACGGCGCUCGUGAGUGGCCAUGUAGACAAUCACAUUCGAUUCUGGGACAGCCGUACUGGCGACUGCACCAGCGAAAUCACUGGCAUCCACACCGGCCAAAUCACUUCGCUCGCAGUUUCUACCGAUCGUCGAGUCGUGCUCAGCAACUCUCGUGACAACACCAUGAAACUCAUCGAUGUUCGAAUGCUUCAGGUGGUGAACACAUUAUUCCACGACAGCUAUCGACCGGGUGUCAACUGGUCGAAGGCUUGCUUCAGUCCCGAUGGGCGGUACGUUGCCGCGGCAAACGGCGACGGUUCCGUUCUCUUCUGGAAUUUGACCACUGGAAAAAUGGAAAAGACCUUCAAGGAGCACCCCAACAAUUGUAAUGCGGUGGCAUGGCAUCCUGCAGGGCAUCAAGUCAUUAGCUGCGACAAGGACAAGAACGUUGUUGUCUAUGAGUAG